CAGUUUUCGCUGGCUUGCAGUCGAGUUUGAAGAGCGGUCGCGUCAAGUCGCUGGGCAGAAUCGGUCCGCGAAAUAUCGGAAUAAAUUCAGAAGUUUUGGGAAUAUCAGAAUAUCCAGUCAGCCCGCAACAAGUAGGAGAUGUUCACAAAGUAAAGCUACAAAUCGUAGAUCAAAUGAAUGCAGUUAGUGAUUCGAGAGGUCCAGUCAAAACAGCAAAAAGUGGUGUUAACUGAGUGACUUACAUAUCGCAGUAACGUGAAGUAAACUUAAGCCUUAAUGCUCAGUUUGAUUGGCCUUAAGUUUCAAAGUAAGCCAAAGCAGUUGAAGCAGUUACCCAAGUGCUAAGUAAAAUAGUAUAGCAAACAUUGUAGUUCUGUAAAAUGUGUAAUGUGGAACGAAUCUAAAAUGAUAAACUAAAAUAAAUAUAAUAUAUAAAAACCAAGAAAGAAGAGCAAAAGCCCAACCUCAUAUAAUUUAACAACCAAUCGGUGCACAAUGUUUGACAAGAACAUGGACGGCAACAAUCUAUCGGUCUCCAUCGGCGGGGACCUGGACUCGACGAGUUCCGGCGGCACGUCCUCGGAUCACUCGGCUGUCCAGCAGGAUAAUCUCAGCUCCCCGAUGGCCUACGGAUCACUCUUCCUUCCAAAUGCUGGCUAUCGGGGCAACCUGUCAUGCAAAACGGUGCUGCAGCUGGAUAAGUUUGCGCCCUAUGAGGGCGUGGAAAAGGAUCACCUGCUGGAGCGGCGGUUCCAGGACAUCACCAAUGACUACGACAAGUCCCCGCCGCCCACCGCAUCGACCACGCCCACGCACUAUCCCAGCCUGAAUAGCAUAAUAUUCGAGAAUGGGAGCAGUGGAAACUUGGGAGAUCUCAACGGGAACACGAAGACGGACCUGUGCGGCGGCUUACAGAGAACUGGCGGUGGAUUGGGGGGCAAUCCCGGCAGCGGUGGCCACCUCAUAUCCAACCUCACAGCCGCCCACAACAUGUCCGCAGUGAGCAGCUUUCCCAUCGACGCCAAAAUGCUGCAGUUCUCCACGGAUCAGAUCCAGUGCAUGUGUGAGGCACUGCAGCAGAAGGGCGACAUCGAGAAGCUGACCACAUUCCUCUGCAGCCUGCCGCCCAGCGAAUUCUUCAAGACCAACGAGAGUGUUCUGCGAGCCCGCGCCAUGGUGGCCUACAAUCUGGGCCAGUUCCACGAGCUCUACAACCUGCUGGAGACGCACUGCUUCUCGAUCAAGUACCACGUGGAUCUGCAGAAUCUCUGGUUCAAGGCCCACUACAAGGAGGCCGAGAAGGUGCGUGGCCGUCCACUGGGCGCAGUGGACAAAUACCGCCUGCGCAAGAAGUACCCCCUGCCCAAGACGAUCUGGGAUGGCGAGGAGACGGUCUACUGCUUCAAGGAGAAGUCGCGGAACGCCCUCAAGGACUGCUACCUGACCAACCGCUAUCCCACCCCCGACGAGAAGAAGACGCUGGCCAAAAAGACCGGCCUCACGCUCACCCAGGUCUCCAACUGGUUCAAGAACCGUCGCCAGCGGGACCGCACGCCCCAGCAAAGACCUGACAUAAUGUCGGUCCUGCCCGUGGGCCAACUGGAUGGCAAUGGAUUCCCGCGCAUGUUCAAUGCUCCCAGCUAUUAUCCAGAAACGAUUUUCAAUGGGCAAUAAACUGCGAUCCGAGCGAGGCUGUUUUUGUGUAAAUAAAGUGUAAUGCGUUUUAUGUUAGGAUAAAGGCAAAUGGAAAGUGGUCAUCAAAUGGCCAUCUUUGUUAGCUGUAGAAUGAACUAAUUUUUGCUUUAUGUAUUGUACAACUUGAAUAAUAAACAAAUGACAGUAGAUCAAUAAA